AGGACAGAGAGAAUCCAGAGAAUGCUUGUGACACUUUAUUUUUGGGCAAAACAGAGGAUGCACAGAAGAAAAAUGAUUAUAAAGAGAGAGAGAGAGAGAGAGAGGGGAAGGAGGAGAAAUGAAGAAAGCGAGGCAUCAAAGUUCCUGCCUCUCCCUGCAGUCUGAGUUUGUUUACGUUCUAUUUGUCGGUCGCUAGCUUCUUCAGUCAUGGGAUCAGAAGCUUGUGCCUCCCUUGUGGGAUCCGUGCUACCAGAUUGUUUACGGUUGGCGUCUAAACAUGCCGAGUAUGCCUCCAGCGCCAAAGAAAAUGUGGACAAAGCGAGCGACGGCUUGGCCUAUCUGAAAGCAAAGCGAGCAACAUUUGAGAACGAGGUUAAAAGUAAAGCUAAAGAAAACAAGAUCCCGUCUCCGAUGGCGCAGCACUGGCUCAAGGAGGUAGAUACUGUCGAUGCCAAAGUCGGCGAGAUCAAAAAGAGAUAUGUGCAAAGGGGCUGCCGUGCAACCGAAGACUGCCCGUUGAAUUUGUGCUUGAUUUACGGCGUCAGCAAAGAGGCUGCCAGGUUGCGUGAGAAGAUCGAGGAAUUGAAAGCAGAGAAAUCUGACCAGUUUUUCGAAGACGCGCCUCAAAGUCCUGCCAAAGAGCGACCGAUUUGGCCGCCGUUGAGAGCGAUGAGAUCGUUGCAGCGUCAUCUAGACGAGGUUCGCAGUCACUUGGACAGCGACAUCGUCGGAAUUGUCGGGAUUUGGGGCCUAGAAGGGGUGGGCAAGACCACACUUUUGACAUUGAUCAACAAUUCUAUGUUAGGUGCCGGAAACUCGGGUUUCGAGCACGUUGUUUGGGCCCAAGCUUCGAGGGACAGGACACUGGAGAGCCUUCAAAAUGCUAUCAUCUCCGAACUGCGACUGCCGGAUCAGACAGACGACAAGAGUUCGCGCGACGCUAGAAUCUUCAAGUAUCUGAACGGCAAGAACUUCUUGCUGCUCGUCGACGACAUGUUCGAGCAGAUAAAUCUAACUGCUCUCGGAGUUCCGAUUCCCGGCAGGUUCGCGAGCGGCCGAAAACACAAGGUGGUGUUCACCACGCGCUCCAGGAGCGUGUGCUCCGGCAUGAUGGCCAACAGGGCGAUAAAGUUGGAUUUUUUAGGGACCGACGAAGCGCAUCGUCUGUUCAGAGAAGUUGUUACCGACGAGACUAUCGAUUCCGAACCCCAAAUUCCUAGUCUGGCAAACCAAGUGGUCGAUCUGUGCGGCGGCUUGCCUUCAGCUCUUGUCGUAAUCGGGCAGGCUCUGUCCGAUAAAAGGACUCACCGGCAGUGGGAGCACGUGAUCCAGUUGAUAAACGACCAUCAGUUCGACUACGGCCUCUCUCGUAUGAAAGAGUCGGUGUUCGAGACUCUGAAGCUGAGCUACGACAGUUUGAAAAGCGACAAGCUACAGCGCUGCUUCUUGUGCUGCUGCCUGUGGCCCAGAGGGCACCGAAUUCCGCUCGACGAUCUGAUCGAAUGCUGGGUAGGGCUCGGCCUGAUACGCGAGUUCGAUUGGAUUCACGAUGCUUACAACGAAGGCUACUCCAUCGUCGGGGAUCUGGAAGGCGAAGGAUUAUUAGCGAGCGAUCUCGCCAGCUACGCAAGAUUACAUGGCGUUCUGUGGUUCUUCGCGCGGUGGAUCGCAUCGGAUCGCGAACGUAACACGACCGAAUGGGCGCUGUGUAACAAUGUAGACCAAUGGACAUCGGCGCGACGAGAGUCUCCAAUGAAUAGGGAAGCAGUUCUGGUAAAGCGAAUCCCAGAGAACAGCAAUCUUGCUAUGAAACUAAAUACCGAUCAUAUAGUUCCGAGCAAAUUCGUCGAACAAAUAGUGGGUCUGAAGUACCUAGAUCUUUCGUUCACGAAGGUGGAACAUAUUCCUGAGGACAUUGAGUUCCUGUUGGAGCUAGAAUAUCUCAACCUGUCGCACACGCGUAUAUGUUUGCUGCCGACCCAUUUGAGACGACUAAAGAAGCUGAAAUACUUGCUUCUGCGGUGCAUCGAGAAACUGCAAGAGGAAUCCAUGCACGCGAUAUCGCAGCUGGCGCAGCUCCAGGUACUGGACGUGUCGCCGUACGUGGAAAUCGCCGGCGACGCGCUGAGAGAGAUCGGAAAACACGUGAGAGCUCUCUCGAUGGCGGCGAAUGACGGCACCGUCCUCGACGUAAUGUACGGCAGUAUAUCGGUGCAGUUGUGGAGCAUCCGAAUAAACGAAACCGGAGGUCGCGACACUCUCUUCCUCGACAGGCUGAGCAAGAGGCAGCAGCACUUCCUCCGUAAGUUAGAAUUCCAUUCCUGCAUCGGUUUGAGGUAUUUGGUGGUAUUGUCCGGCGGCAAUGAUUUCUCCAAACUCGAGGAACUGUGCAUCCGGCAUCUUGAAAGUUUGACGGAGAUCACUUGGGAGGGCGUAUCGCCCCCGCUGUAUUUCCCGGUGCUGCAGACAUUGGUGGUCGAAGGAUGCCGCCGGCUGAAGAACAUCACUUGGAUCCGCAACCUCCCUUGCCUCCGGAAACUGCGGGUCGCAGAUUGCGGAGGCAUGGAGGAGGUGAUCUGCGACGCGGAUGGAAAGAUCGUGAGCAUAACGGAAUCCGCAUUGCGUCGUCUCGAAGAACUGAUCCUGAAAAACCUGCCGCGGCUGCGAAGCGUCUAUAACCAGCCUUUGACUCUGAAGUUUCUGGAAUCUGUUGAGGUAGUGGGCUGUCCGAUGCUUCGGCGGCUGCCACUGAGCUCGCAGACGGCGGAGAAGAACAAAUUCGAGAAAAUUGAGGGAGAGAGAGCAUGGCUGGAAGGCUUAGUUUGGGAGAAUGACGAUACCAAAUCCAAAUUUGCCCGAUAUUAUCGCGAACUCAAGGCAAGUACAGCCUAAUUUUUUUUUUUCUCUUUUUUUUUUUUUUUUCUGUUGGAGAGGAAAAUAAAGACUAAAUUGAUUGUGUUCUUCGGUAAAAUUGUGUCACUUCUGCGUCAAUUAGUUUUAGUCUGGUCACAUAAUAAUGUCUAAGUGGGAUUGUUGCAGCCAAUACAAAAAAAAAAAAACUUGUGUG